GGUGGAGAGGUUGUCACGGGCACAUGGCACGUGCAACACAUGUGGAAUAACAGUUAUACCCUAACGAACGAAAAGACUCAAAUAUCCUUUUCAUCUACAUUGGAACCAGUAGAAACAAACACAGAGAGAGACACUGUAAUUUGCAAAAGAAGAAGAAGAAGAAGAAGAAGAAGAAGAAGAAGCGUGUCGUAUGAACAGUGACCUACGUUGUGGGUCCCUCCCUCUGUUUUCUUCUUCCUAACCACUGUCACACCCUCUUCAUAGUUCUCUAAUCUCCUUCCAUUCCUCUGUUUUUCUUGCUCCACCAUUUUCUUCUUCUUCUUCUUCUUCUUCGCUUUCUGCUUCCUCCAUUUUGGUUGACUUCUUCCUCUGUUUCGUUGACUAAUGGGUGACCAAGAUCAAAGAAGAACUCACACUUCAGGGCAUGAGAGUCAUGGAGUUCAUGUGUGUCGCAAAUGUGGGUGGCCAUUCCCGAAUCCACAUCCAAGUGCCAAACACAGACGUGCGCACAAGAAGAUCUGUGGAACCAUUGAAGGCUACAAAUUGGUUGGUUCAGAUGAUGAACAUGUUUCUGAUGAUGAUUUCAAGACACCAGGUUUGGUUGCGUCAGGUUCAAGUUCAAUUGCCUUGGACCUGGUCAACAAUGAGAAGGGUAAUGAUGGAAUUGGGGAAAAGUUGGUUAGAUCAGAAAGAUCAGAAGAUGAUGUGUUUUCAGAUGCGGUUGCUGAGUUUAUGGAUAGUGGAUUGAGUCCAGGAAUUAAGGAGCGUUUACAAGAAGAAAGUUUGGACUCAGGUACUGAUGUGGAAGGAGUCCACAUUAAAGAACAAAUUCUUUCAGGGCCUUCUGAGCACAAUGUGUUUAAUGCUGCAGAUGUUAGUCCAUUAAUUGUCAACUCAAGCAAUGAUGGCCAAAUUGAAAAUCCUGAAAGUUUGCAAAGUGCAAGUGUUGAAGUAGAAGACAAAACAGUGGAGUUGCAAGGUCCAUUGUCAAGCUCUACCGUUGAUUCAUUUUCAAGUUUAGUUGCAGAUUUGGGGACUAAAGAAUCGACUGUUGCGCACGGUGACGAUUUUGUUGGUUUGCCAAGUGACUCGCAGCCCAGCAACGCUGAAGUUAUACCAGAUGUAUUGGUAGAAAAAAAUAUCCAUGCUGUUGAAAAUGUGGCAGAUUGCAGUUCUAUGUGUGUUGAAGAGGAAACUAAUUUGGAAGGAAAGAAUGAGAUAAAAUCAGAAAAAGUCAUGGUUGAAAUUGUCGACUCAUCUGAUAAAGAAGUGUCUGAAAUAGCAAUUAGUGAUGCUGUUUCCUUGGACCAUCAAGUGGGUGAUGGAGUUGGUAAUCUGAAGGAAAAGAAUGGUGCUGUUCUCGUUUCAUUGCUUCCCCAAGAUGACUUCCCUCUUGAGUUAAACCCGUCCGUAAUCACUAAUGAUGCUCAGGUAGAAUCUGCACACACCACACAGUUUGCUAUACUUGAUGAUAGACCUGAUGCAACAUAUCUUCAGAGUGAUUAUGGAGAUCACGAAGGAGUGAUAUUCCCAAAUCCUUCAAGCCUACACUUGUCUGACUCAUUGGAAGACAAGGAAGAUGGAUUAAUGGGAACAAUUACUGAAGAAGAUGAUUUUCAUUUCAUCACAAGCCAAUUAAGUGAGAAAAGUAAUAUCCUCUCUUCAGAUAUGCAUGUUAUGGAUAGUAGCGUGAAGUCAGAGCAGGUCAGCAGUGAGCCUAUGACUGAAGACAUCACACAGUUUGCUACACUUGAUGAUAGACCUGUUGUAACAUAUCUUCAAAGUUAUUAUGGAGAUCACAAAGGAGUGAUAUUCCCAAAUCCUCCCAGCCUACACUUGUCUGACUCAUUGGAAGACAAGGAAGAUGGAUUAAUGGGAACAAUUACUGAGGAAGAUGAUUUUCAUUUCAUCACAAGCCAAUUGAGUGAAAAAAGUGAUGUCCUCUCUUCAGAUAUGCAUGUUAUGGAUAGUAGCGUGAAGUCAGAGCAGAUCAACAGUGAGCCUAUGACUGAAGACAUGCAUGCUGAAGAUUGUACUGAAUUAUCCCCAGUCAAGCUCACAGUUGAAAGUUAUCAAAGUUCGCAUGAAAGUGGUUUGUAUAUGAAUGCCAUGAAAACUGAGGUGAAUGAGAAUCAUGUGGUUCAUCUUUCUGAAGACCAGGGACCUGUUGGCGUUCAAAAAAAUUCUCCACAGAUAAGUUUAACUGAAGGUGAUUCAGUGGCCCCAUCAAAUGAGAGUCAGAGGGAUGCAUCUGUUGGGAAUGCAACCGGUGAAACAACUAGUGUCAUUAACAUAGGCAAUGUAAGCCAUCAUGAGGAAAUCAUAACUGAAGUAAAUAAUGUAGCUUUAGAUGGGCAGGGUGGAGAAGCUAAUGUGGGAAAUGAUACUCAGAUUAUUUUGAAUGAUCUUCAACCCAGUGACCUCUUGCAACCAUAUGUCAUGCAAUCAAGUGACGUAUUUAAGAGUGAUGAUGCUGGUGAAAUGGGUAAAACCGAACAAUGUGUUAUAACUGAUGCUCAAUGCAAAGAAAAUUUCACAGAUAGAGAUACUUCAUCGUUUAACUCUUCUAGCAGUCAUUUUGAAAUCCCAGUUACUUCAGAUGCUGGAAUUGAUGGCCCUGCGGGAAAGUCUAAUGGUACAGAAUGCAAAGAUAUAGAUUCACUAUCAGGUGCCCGGGAAGUCAUGAAAGAAGAUGAAAUCAAUGGCCAAAUCAAACUAAGUGAAGAAUGUGACAGAUCUGCUGGAACUUUUGCUGAUUCACACGAAGCACGAGAUGCAGAACUAUUAGUGAAGGCUGCAGAAGACCUUGCCAGGAAGUAUACAUCAUUUACUUCUUUAAAUACUGAGCCUUCUGCUCAGCAUGAUGCUGCUGUUGAAGGUAAUCCAGGUGGAGAACAUAGUGAGGAUGUGACUUUGGUUACUGCUGUGCCUGUUCAAGAUCAAAGUGGUAAUAAUUUGGUUAAACAUAGUUCAUCUGGAUUUGAUGCUUCAGUUUACUCUAGUAGCCGUUGUGACAGUUUGGAAGGCCACUGGGGUUCUGUUUCAGCAGUUUUCUCUAUGCAAUCCAAUGCACCAUCGGGGACUGAUACUGAAAUUUUACCAUCAACCGGUUCACUAGCAUCAGCAGAGGCGGCGGAUAAAUCCUACUUGAACAUUCCAAAAGCAGAAGCUGCAUCUGAGAGACAGCAGUCCGGAAAAUCAGAAAUGCUCGAACCUCCGUCGUUCAUGACAUUGGUUGAGUCUAGCCAUGUGGUUAGCCUUAAAGGUGCUGCUGCUUCAGAAGUCCAGAAAUCACAACAGCCAGAUUCCACUUCACAGGCUGGUUGGUUCCCCACUCAAACUCAGGUUAAUAAUGAGUCUCAAGGGAGAAAGAAGAAUGAAGAAAUAAUAGCCAAGGUAACAAACUGGAGGAGCAACAGCAAGGGGCACACACCUCUAAAGAGCCUAUUAGGCGAGGCUGCAAAUAGCAGCAGCAAGCCUGAAUCUCCAAAAAUGGAAGAACAUUCAGUGACUCAGAAGAAUGGUAACAAUGGUUCUGGAUUGAAAACUGUUAACUCUAUUCUGGGUCCUGAAUCCCCUGGAGAUCAAGUGGUGAAAGGAGAUGCUGCAAAAGAAUGGAACUCUCCGGCAAGAUAUCCUGCAGGCAUCAAGAGAGAAAAAAGCAAAAUCAAGAGCAGACCAUUCUGGAUACAAUUGGUGUGCUGUUCAUCAGUGGAUCCUCAACGAAGGUAGAAAAUUGCGGUGGUCAUGAUGUCUUACUCACUGCUCUAUAUUCUGAUGUGCUGAUAGAUUCUGCUUCAUUGACAUGCUAUUCGCGGUAUUUUAUUUUUAAAUGGUUUCCAGAGAUUUUAGGUGUAUAUUUUAAUGUGUGAUCUACUGAUUCUCCUAGCCUCCUAGGAGUUUGGUUGUAUAUGUUGACCAUCUUCAGGUGUUAUUUUUCCCUACAAUCUUAAUAUGUGUCUUUAUCA